CUUCAAACUUAUCAACGGCUACACAAGAUGGCGGUCGGCCAGAAACCGCUACGUCACCCGGUGCGUUCAGGGGAGUGUCGCCCAAAUCUCGCGCAUUGCUAAGAAAAAAAAACAAAACCGGAACGUUGACCCACAUUGCUUCUCUCUCUCACUCCUGGGCAGGCCAGGGAGAAAAAUACAGCAAGCAUGUCUGUUGAGAGCAGGCGACGUUGUCAGUAGAAACUUCGCUGGCCACCCGAGUUAAGAUGUAGGUCUCUGUUCGUGCGAUCGCAACAGUUUUAUCGGUGACCUGCGGGGAACCCAGCCCAACAACGUCUACAACAACGUCUACAACAGCGUGUGCAGCUCUGAUGGCAUGUCUGAGCUGACGUCAUAAACUGUAAACUGUUGGUGACCAUGGAGACGACUACUUGCGAGACUAAGUCUGACCCUGUGACAAGUAAAGCAGCACCAGUGGAACUCGAAAACCAGGGUCAAGGAGACCCGGAAGUUACGUCAUGUGGUGUGCUGGAGGAAGCCCAGACGUCCAGACCCGUUCGCCGCAAAAUAAGGAUUCGAGGGGAGAGAAUCUGCGCCGUGUGCGGAGACCGGGCCAACUCUCACAACUUCGGGGCACUGACCUGCGACACGUGCAAAGCCUUUUUUCGGCGAAAUGCGAAUAAAAGAAGAAAGAUACCAGACUGUGUUUUCGCCAAUAACUGUGUGGUCGACAAAACUACCCGCCGCUUUUGCUCCGCCUGUCGCCUGAAGAAAUGUUUGGCAGUCGGGAUGACACCUGACCUGAUAAUUGGUAACAGAGAAGAGAACGAAAAACAUACAGUAAAGUUAUCGGCGACCAGAACAUCACCAUCGACGAAUGAGAAAUCAGACUCGGAUUCGGUGGGUCCUGGCAACGAGACGCCAAGACAGGCUCCAGGGUAUAAGGACGCGAGCAUCCUGGAAAACCUUUACGCAGAAUCCAUCUGCACGGCUCGUGCAGCCGACAGGGUCAGCAGCGAGUCCUCUGGUCCAACCACUGAGGAGGAAGAGGUCCCACCAUCCCUAGAACCGCAAGCGCAAGAGCAGACCAUCAGCGACGCCAUCCUCGAGUUGUUUGCCGCUGGCUCCGACAUCUCCACGUUGGCUUCCCUUUACGGACUUGAAAGCUCGGUGGGCGAGGGCUCCUCCACCCUGUGUGCCCCAUCCAGUUCCAGGUCACUUCCGCCUCCACCUGACAAGGUAAGGUCACGGGGUCGAGAGUUCAAGCACGUGGCACGCGAGGAGCUACCUUGGGACAUGCAGAUGUACUGGCCCCUGACCGGCGAGGAGCGGGCCCUGCUGACGAAGCUGACCUCCGUGUUCCAGGCGAGCCUCGUCGAUUCUCUCGAAGAACAAAUGUCAUGCUCGCAGGCGGUGGAGAGCGGUUGCCUAACAACAGAGACCAUGGUCAAGAUCCUGGAGAUAUCCAUGUACAAGAACGUCUCCUUCGCCAAGAGUGUGCCGGAGUUCCGGCAGCUGCGGCAGGCGGACCAGAUCAGCUUGCUGAAGGCCUCGGCCAUGCAGAUGUACUCGGUUCGCUGUGCCUCCUGCUACCUGCCGGAGCAGAAAGUGUGGGUAGGCACGCACGGUCACGUGUCCGCCACUGACGUCAUGCGCGUCUUUGACUUCGAGGUUGGCGUGCACGACUUUAUCGACUACUGCACCUCGCUCAAGUGUGUGGCAAAGAACAACAUCACGAUCUACGCCCUCAUGCACUGCAUUGUCCUCUUCGACCCCCGUGGGGCGACCAUCGAGGACCGCGUGCAGGUCAACGCCUUCCGCGACAAGUACGUCAUCCUCCUGAAGCACUACCUGGAGUCCGAGUACUCCUUUUCCUUCGCCGAUCUGUACAUGGCAGAGAUCAUGGAGAGUCUGUACGACGUCCGCGUGCUGGGCGAGAAUCUGCAAACUUUCUACCGACAAUACUCGUCUCUCUUCUUGCCUCUGGUCGCUGAGUGCAUGUCAGUGUAGACCGUGGUACUUGCAGCUGGUACCGGAGAGAGAAAGAAAAAGAGAGAGAAGUGUGUGUGAGGGUGUGUUUGUGUGUGUGACCGUGGUACCUUCCUUGUUCGAUUACUACCCUUAGAGAUAACUUCCUUAAGAAUCACCGAUCAUUAGCAUCCUAGUGUUUUAUCCUCCGUCUUUGUUUAUAGCAGAAAUAUGUCAGGCAUCUCAAGCCUUGCUUCCCCAUCAUCAUCAUCAUCACCAUUGUCGUCGUCAUCAUCACCACUCUUUGUAGAAAUUUUAUUUUAAUAGUGCUUGUUUGUGACAUCAGCUAGACUUGUCCUUUUCGCUGUUACCAGCGAUAUCAUUGUUUCUGGCAUCAAGACAGCUUUGAGCGAUUGGUGUUUGUUGUGUGUCUGAGACACAAAAACUGUACACAGACGAACUCAUACAAAGUGUGUAAGGUGCAGGAGGACACGUGUGUCUAAGAAACCUUUACGAUGCCUGUAACAAUUAAUGCUCCUGGAGGGUCAGGGUAGUGCAACAGGUACUUACAGGAAUUCUUACACAUACUGCCUCGAACACUGCAGACUUUGAUUUGUUCGACCACAGAAUAUGUUUGAUGUCUGGAGGUCAAGAGGUGAAAAAAAAACUUGUGAAGACGAGUAACAUGUGCCAUUGACAAUUUCUCUGUGAGAGUUGAGCUACAACGACCGUUUAGCCUGGUCAGCUGACUGUUCUGUAACGUCUGCAAAACUGCGUGACGUUUUGUACAUUGUGACGUUCUGCACAAGUUGAUUCGUGGCAUUUAUGGACCACUUUUGUUGUUUAUCAUGCACAAUAAAUUCACUAAAAACCA